AUGGUUCAUAUAGUUUUUUUAUUAAUAAAUAUAGAAAUUGAUGAACAUAGAAAUAUUACAACGUCUUUAUUUAUAUCACCUAAUCAUUUAAUAUUCUUAGCAAAUGAUACAGAAUUAAAAAGUGCUAUAUUUGCUAGUCAAUUGCAUUCAGAUGAUCAUAUAGAAUAUGUGUAUAAAAAUGAAAUUAUAUUAGGUAAAAUUCGAAAAAUUUAUUUAACAAUAGAAGAAGGUUAUUAUGCACCAUUAACACCAUCAGAUACAAUUAUCAUUGAUAAUAUUUUAGUAUCGCAUUAUGCAUCAGUUAACAAUCAUUAUUUAACUCACAAUGUUAUGAAAAUCUAUCGAUGA